AAAGAGUAUUUCCUGGCUUCGUAUCCAUGGAAGCGUCUUUGAGGAUGAGAGCAUGAAACUGCGGCAGCUGAAACUAGAAAAUCAGAGAGCUCUCCUGGAGAAGAAGCAAAGGAAGAAACGCCUUGAUCCCCUGAUGGUUCAGCCAAAUCCUGAGGCAAAGCUGCGUAGGUCAAAGCCCAAAGGGUGCGAGGAGCAGGCUCCUUUAGUAGAAAACCCAAUUCCUUUCUGCAGUGAGGCUCCAUUACGUGGCAUUGAUGGACCAGCUGCUUUCCUGAAAUCCGAAGUGCAAGAUUUAGGGAGCAAACUCCAAGCUCUCUCUGCUGGAUCUUCCAUAACAGAAGACAACGCAGAUCAGGAAAAUGAUGGAGAGGCCCUUACAGAAACAUCAGGCAAGCCAGAUCUGCAAGAACUCCUACAGAAACGGGGAAUUUCAGGCAGUUUGAAUUUUGAUGAGGAAGACACAGAAGAGGAUGAAGAAACUAGUAAGAGGCCAUGUCCUGAAUCUGAGAGACCUAGUUCUGCAAGCAGCCUGAAAUCUUCUGCAGAAACAGGUGCUUCCUGUACUCCAGCCCCUCAGGCAGAUGCACAGCUGGGAGAGGUGGAGAACUUGGAGGACUUUGCAUUAAGUCCAGCGCCCCGUGGUGUUACCAUCAAAUGUCGAAUCACUAGGGAUAAGAAGGGAAUGGAUCGGGGCUUCUUCCCUACUUAUUACAUGCAUCUGGAAAGGGAUGACAACAGAAAGACGUUCCUCCUGGCAGGGCGAAAGCGGAAAAAGAGCAAAACAUCAAAUUACCUCAUAUCAGUUGACCCAACUGACUUAUCUCGGGAAGGGGAAAGUUUCAUCGGAAAACUCAGGUCAAACCUCAUGGGGACUAAAUUUACAGUCUAUGAUCAUGGAGUUAACCCAGUCAAGGCACAAGGUCUAGUGGAAAAGGCUCACACUCGACAGGAGCUUGCAGCCAUUUGUUAUGAAACCAAUGUGUUAGGAUUCAAGGGUCCCAGGAAGAUGUCUGUGAUCAUUCCAGGAAUGAAUAUGAAUCAUAAGCGAAUCCCAAUCCGGCCACAAAGUGAGCAUGAGAGUCUGCUAUCAAAGUGGCAAAGCAAAAACUUGGAGAACCUCAUUGAGCUGCACAACAAAGCUCCAGUCUGGAAUGAUGAUACUCAGUCUUAUGUGUUGAACUUCCACGGGAGAGUCACCCAGGCCUCAGUGAAGAACUUCCAGAUUGUCCACGACAACGACCCUGACUACAUUGUGAUGCAGUUUGGCCGCGUAGCAGAAGAUGUGUUCACUCUGGACUAUAACUAUCCUCUCUGCGCUCUCCAGGCCUUUGCCAUCGGGCUCUCCAGCUUUGAUAGUAAACUGGCCUGUGAAUGAGCGAGGCGGCCGAGCCGAGCCGCGGAGCUGCCUGCCACCCCUGCAGCUGCUGCCUGCGCUCCCGGCGGAGUGAGGAGAAGUGCCCUGAGGGUGGAAGGGAACUGGAGGACCAACUUCCGCAGGCUCAGCGGAAAGCAAAUUGCCACCCCAAGGGCACCGUGGUAGUUGACACUAGGUUGGCUGGGGAGACUGUCCCGAGACGGAGCAUUCCUUGUGUGUAUUAUGGAAGGAGAAGGCAUGUGCAUAAUGGUUUGGGUGCCGGGAUUAAUCCCGCUUCCAGAACCUCAAAGCAGACGUUGCAUUAGGGCAGGCGAAGGUAUUUGGGCCACUAAUUGGAACCUGUUCAGUUUGGAUGAGAAGAAUAGUGGUUUAAUGCCCAGGGACCUCGGAUCUUCACUAGUACCCCUGGAGUUGAUGCUGCUGAUGUGGCUCUCAGAUCCUGGAGAGAUUAAUUCAGGAAUAGGAGGAUAGUUAUGGCAUGGAUUCUGUUUUGCUCUGUGUGUUUGUAAUCUUGCUGUCUGUUACAACACUCAGAGAAAGAAAUGGAAGGGUUCAGCUGAUGCCUCUGCAAUUGUAGGCAGUUUUCAGCCAAGAAAGAGCUGGAGCAAGACACUGGUUUUAAUAAUCCACUUCUCUCUUUAUGAAGAACAAUUCUUUGUUACGGCUGAUGGUCAGGUUUACUUUCACUCUUCUAAUGGCUCCAUAUCCCUCGACAAUCUUAACAAAUUAAAAAGGAUCAGAACUCAAAUAGUCCCUUCGUAGUUGGUGAUACCCAUCUAAGUUAUAUGGGGAUAUCCACAUAGCCCUUCAUUUUGUUGUUCUUAACUACUUGAGAAUUAGAUUGAAGAGAUGAUGGAAUCUGACUGAAUGUAGCUGAAAGUUGUAUUGU